GGACCUCCCCUGUCCCCCCCGGACGGCCGGGGACUUGGGCCGGCCGGACGCCCCUGCUGGCACCCUCCCGGGGCAGGCGCUCACGCGCGCACACAAACACUCCACUCCCCUUCCCUCCCUCGCGCCCUCUCCCAUCCUUCUCCCCCCAACGCUUGCUCCUUCUAACACACACGCACCCGCGCGCUGUCGCCCACGCUCGUCCUCCGAGCCCCAGCUCUCCGCCGCCAGCGCCCACCUGCCCCGCAGCGCCUGCCGCGCGCCCCGUGCGCCACAGACACCGAGCGACGCAGCUGGAGGGGGCAGCGUGCCCUGGGGUGGGCGCGCCCGAUGCCCGCGACCGGCCGCUGAGCUGGAGGUGGCCGAAGAGGCCAGGGUGGGCGCGCUCGCCCGCGAAGCUGCCCGCUGAAGCCAUGCUGCGCCCCGGCCGCCCCGCCGGCGCCCUCCCGGUCCUGCUCCUACUGCCGCUGCUGCCGCUGCCCCCGGGGAGCCACGCGGGCAACCUGACGGUGGCCGUGGUGCUGCCGCUGGCCAACACCUCGUACCCGUGGUCGUGGGCGCGCGUGGGACCGGCCGUGGAGCUGGCCCUGGCCGGGGUGAGAGCGCGACCCGACUUGCUGCCGGGCUGGACGGUGCGCACGGUUCUGGGCAGCAGCGAGAACGCGCUGGGCGUCUGCUCCGACACCGCCGCGCCCCUGGCCGCCGUGGACCUCAAGUGGGAGCACAGCCCCGCGGUGUUCCUGGGCCCCGGCUGCGUGUACGCGGCCGCCCCGGUGGGGCGCUUCACAGCGCACUGGCGGGUGCCGCUGCUGACCGCCGGCGCCCCGGCGCUGGGCUUCGGGGCCAAGGACGAGUACGCGCUGACCACCCGCGCGGGGCCCAGCCACGCCAAGCUGGGCGACUUGGUGGCGGCGCUGCACCGACGGCUGGGCUGGGAGCGCCGAGCGCUGGUGCUCUACGCCUACCGGCCCGGCGACGACCAACCCUGCUUCUUCGUGGUAGAAGGGCUGUACAUGCGCGUGCGCGACCGCCUCAACAUCACCGUGGACCACCUGGAGUUCGCCGAGGGCGACCUGGACCACUACGCCCUGCUGCUGCGAACCGUGAGGCGCAAAGGCCGAGUUAUCUACAUAUGCAGCUCCCCAGAUGCGUUCAGAACUCUGAUGCUUUUGGCCAUGGAAGCUGGUCUAAGUGGGGAGGACUAUGUGUUCUUCCACCUGGACCUCUUUGGACAAAGCCUGCAAGGUGCACAUGGCCUUGCUCCCCACAGGCCCUGGGAGAGAGGGGAUGGGCAGGAUAUCAGUGCCCACCAGGCCUUUCAGGCUGCCAAAAUCAUUACAUAUAAAGAGCCGGAUAACCCUGAGUACUUGGAAUUCCUGCAGCAGCUAAAACACUUGGCCCAUGAGCAGUUCAACUUCACCAUGGAGGAUGGCCUGGUGAACACCAUCCCAGCAUCCUUCCACGAUGGGCUCCUGCUCUAUGUCCAGGCAGUGACAGAGACUCUGGCACAUGGGGGAACUGUCACAGAUGGGGAGGCCAUCACUCAGAGGAUGUGGAACCGAAGCUUCCAAGGUGUGACAGGAUACCUGAAAAUGGACAGCAAUGGAGAUCGGGAGACCGACUUCUCCCUCUGGGAUAUGCAUCCUGAGACUGGCACUUUCAGGGUCGUUCUGAACUACAAUGGGACUUCCCAGGAGCUGGUGGCCGUGCCAGGGCGCAAACUGAGCUGGCCCCUGGGGUACCCACCUCCUGACAUCCCCAAAUGCGGCUUUGACAACGAGGACCCAGCUUGCAACCAAGAUCACUUUUCCACCCUGGAAGUGCUGGCUUUGGUGGGCAGCCUCUCCCUGCUCGGCAUUCUGACUGUCUCCUUCUUCAUAUACAGGAAGAUGCAGCUGGAGAAGGAGCUGGCCUCAGAGCUGUGGCGGGUGCGCUGGGAGGACGUGCAGCCCAGUAGCCUUGAGAGGCACCUCCGGAGUGCAGGCAGCCGGCUGACCCUGAGUGGGAGAGGCUCCAAUUACGGCUCCCUGCUAACCACAGAGGGCCAGUUCCAAGUGUUUGCCAAGACGGCGUAUUAUAAGGGCAACCUCGUGGCUGUGAAACGUGUGAAUCGUAAACGCAUCGAGCUGACACGGAAAGUCCUGUUUGAACUGAAGCAUAUGCGGGAUGUACAGAAUGAACACCUGACCAGGUUUGUGGGUGCCUGUACUGAUCCCCCCAACAUCUGUAUCCUCACAGAGUACUGUCCCCGUGGGAGCUUGCAGCAGGACAUUCUGGAGAAUGAGAGCAUCACCUUAGACUGGAUGUUCCGGUACUCUCUCACCAAUGACAUCGUCAAGGGUAUGCUGUUCCUCCAUAAUGGGGCCAUUUGCUCCCAUGGCAACCUCAAGUCAUCCAACUGCGUGGUAGACGGGCGCUUUGUGCUCAAGAUCACCGACUUCGGACUGGAGAGCUUCAGGGACCCGGAACCAGAGCAAGGCCACACCCUCUAUGCCAAAAAGCUGUGGACAGCCCCUGAACUCCUGCGAAUGGCCUCCCCUCCCGCCCGGGGCUCCCAGGCAGGUGACGUGUACAGCUUCGGAAUCAUCCUUCAGGAGAUUGCCCUAAGGAGCGGUGUCUUCCACGUGGAAGGUUUGCACCUCAGCCCCAAAGAGAUUGUGGAGCGAGUGACUCGGGGGGAGCAGCCCCCCUUCCGGCCCUCCCUGGCCCUGCAGAGUCACCUGGAGGAGCUGGGCCAGCUGAUGCAGCGGUGCUGGGCCGAGGAGCCGCAGGAGCGGCCGCCCUUUGAGCAGAUUCGCCUGAUGCUUCGCAAGUUCAACAGGGAGAACAGCAGCAACAUCCUGGACAACCUGCUGUCCCGCAUGGAGCAGUACGCCAACAACCUGGAGGAACUGGUGGAGGAGCGGACCCAGGCCUACCUGGAGGAGAAGCGCAAAGCUGAGGCCCUGCUGUACCAGAUUCUGCCUCAUUCCGUGGCCGAGCAGCUGAAGCGUGGGGAGACGGUCCAGGCUGAAGCCUUUGACAGCGUCACUAUCUACUUCAGUGACAUCGUGGGCUUCACAGCCCUGUCAGCAGAGAGCACGCCCAUGCAGGUGGUGACCCUGCUCAACGACCUGUACACUUGCUUCGACGCCGUCAUAGACAACUUCGAUGUGUACAAGGUGGAGACCAUCGGCGACGCCUACAUGGUGGUGUCCGGGCUCCCCGUGCGGAAUGGGCUGCUGCACGCCCGCGAGGUGGCCCGCAUGGCCCUGGCGCUGCUGGACGCAGUGCGUUCCUUCCGCAUCCGCCAUCGGCCCCAGGAGGAGCUACGCUUGCGAAUCGGCAUCCACACAGGACCCGUGUGUGCCGGUGUGGUAGGGCUGAAGAUGCCCCGUUACUGUCUCUUUGGAGACACAGUCAACACCGCCUCCAGAAUGGAGUCCAACGGAGAAGCUCUGAAGAUCCACUUGUCUUCUGAGACCAAGGCUGUUCUGGAAGAGUUUGGUGGUUUUGAGCUGGAGCUUCGAGGAGAUGUAGAAAUGAAGGGCAAAGGCAAAGUUCGGACCUACUGGCUCCUUGGGGAGCGGGGGAGUAGCACUCGAGGUUGACCUGCCUCCCCUCCUGGCUUUCCACACCUCCCUUCCCUGUGCUAGAGGUAACAGAGAGGUGCCAGACCUCGGCCUCACCCACAGAAGCCCUGCCAUUGCCAAAGGAUCGGAGAAGUAGUUUGAACAACUCAAAUGUGCUAACCCCAGUGGAGACACCAAAUAUGACCUUUGAAGGAGGACUGGUGUUGGAGAGAACUUGGAGUUCAUGGAACUGACCAAAGCACACAGUCAUGCCCAGUGGCACACACAUAGACACGUGUACCCACUCUCCAUCCUGACUCAAGCCAGGCUAGGGUGUGGACU